CCCCGAGCGAAAAAAAAAAAAAAAAAUCGCAUAUAAACUGGAUCUUUAUUUUAGGUCGGAACUUUUCAAUCUCUACCCACCCCCAUAGUUCACAACAAUACCUAAACCCACACACUUGAGCGUCCUCAACCAUGUUAGAACACAUCACUUUGAGCACUACGCUGCAGAAGCAAAUCGAUACCCUCGAGAAGGAGCGCAAGGAACUCCAGGACACGUUCCUUUCUGUGUAUAAAAACGAUGAAGACGAUGAAACGGCUGAAGUAACGCUCAAGUUGGACCUCUUCCUGACAUCAAAGCUCUGGAUCCAAUCUGGCAACUCCAUUCGCAGGUACUGCGACCUGCUACUUUUCGAAGACCAGGCACGCGCAGAACAGAUCCGAACACUCACAGAGACCCUCGUCAGCUGCAACACUGCGGCCGAACACCCAACACACUCGAUUCAAAUCGCCAAGGACGAAAAGGUCGAACUCGCGCGGAUCGCCAAGGCUGGGAAAGUGGAGCUUGCUCAGAUUAGCAAGGCUGAAAAGGUGGAACUUGCUCAGAUUAGCAAGCACAAAGACCUGGAAGCCAUGAAAAUCGACCACGAUACAACGAUUCGAUUAGCGGAACUGGCGCAACAGGAGAGAAUAAGGCUUAAGGAACUAAGACUUCGAGGGGUCGAGCUGGAGAAGGAGACGAUGCUGAUGUCUGCGGAGCUUGGGUUGGAAGCCGAGGUAGUAAAUGCAAAAAGGGAGAAGCAUGCUCAAGAGAUGCACACGAACGAACACAAGGCGUUGGCGAGUUCGGAUCGAGUGCAGCACACGACAGCGACGAAUGCGGCCACGAGAGUUACAGAAGACGUGUCUGUUGCAGGUACAUAUGAUGCUUUGGAGGCGAAUACAGACGCAUACAUCAACGUGGGAGCCUGUGUGGACGAGGUUCGAGGUGAUCUGGGAGGGACGCUCGUGUUGGCAUCGCCGGCGAGCAAAGCACAGGACGAGAUGACACGCGAAGCAGCAGUUCAGUCUGGGAUGUCUUUGGCGGAUGGAGGUCAUCCAGGCAAGGUUGAAGGACCGGAAGAUACGACGCCUGGGGCAGCUGCGCAUGGACCAUCCACGGAGGAAAACCUUUUUCCAGAGCAGAACGAGGAAUUCAAGACCGAGGCUACGAGUUUCGAGGAGACCAUAGAAGCCGGAGAGAUCUGCGACGACGAAAACUCAGUAUUCGUAGAGUGGUUAAGGCAGUGGCAUAAGCGCUAUUAGCAGAUCGAUAGCGCCACAAUGCUUUGUAUGUGCAUCAUGGGUAGUUCUCAAUAAAACUAUCUCCGAACGGACAAAUGAAUUGCAAACAAUAAAGAAGUUUAACUUUAAAAGAA